AUGACCGAUUGGGUUGAUUUGGGAGUAAGUUCUGUUGCAGGAGCUCUGGUCUCUGGGGCUCUGAAAUUGGUGAUCGCAGAGGCCAUAAAGCACAAAGAUUUCAAACCCUUAUCCGUUGAUCUCGUUUCAACGAUGACGAAGUUGCUUCCCUUGACUCAAGAUAUCGAUUCGAAGCAAAACGAGCUAGAUCUUGGUGCUGGGGAGCUUAAGGAACUGAGGGAUACGAUCGAAAAAGCUCGCGUGUUGGUUCUCAAGUUUCCUAACGUCGGGUAUCUUAAGAGAUCUAGAUAUACCAGAAAAAUCGAAGGAAUCAAUAAGGAGCUGCUCAAUUUCUGUAGCAUUGAUCUACAGCUUCUUCAGUAUAGUAACUCGCAGAUACAGUUGGGUUUGACUGGGAAUAUUCUGGAAAAGCUUGAUGGUUUAAGUAAGAGAAUGGAGGGCUUGAGAGUUCCUCUGCCUUUUUCUAAGGGUCUUUGUUCGGUUCCCAAGAGUGAUAAGGCUCUAUUUGGAUUGGAUUGGCCAUUGAUUGAGCUCAAGAAGAGACUCCUUGACAAUGCCGUCGUUAACCUAGUGGUCUCUGCUCCUCCCGGCUGCGGGAAGACCACUCUCGUUACUCAGCUUUGCCACAAUGAAGACAUCAAAGGAAAGUUCAAGCAUAUCUUCUUUAACGUUGUGUCGAAUACUCCAAACUUUAGGGUCUUAGUACAGAAUCUACUCCAGCACAACGGUUACCAAGCACUUACAUUUGCGAACGAUCCUCAAGCAGUUGUUGCUUUAAGAACUCUGCUUGAGGGACUUAAGGGUCCUAUAUUGCUGGUGUUGGAUGAUGUGUGGCCCGGAGCAGAGUCCAUGCUUCUGAAAUUUCGAAUGGACUUACCGGAUUAUAAGAUUUUGGUGACUUCUCGGUCUGAGUUUCCGAGCUUUGGCUCCAACUAUGUUCUGAAACCUUUAAAAGAUGAAGAUGCCAGAGCCCUUCUCAUUCAGUGGGCGUCACGGCCUUAUAACGCGUCUCCUGCUGAGUACGAAGAUCUUCUCCAAAAGAUACUGAAACGUUGCAAUGGAUUCCCAAUCGUGAUUGAAGUGGUUGGCAUUUCACUUAAUGGACGAUCUCUAAGAACGUGGAAAGGAAAAGUGGAAAGCUGGUCUGAAGGGGAAACAGUUCUUGAUAAGCCUCAGCCUACUGUGCUACAAUGCCUGCAGCCUAGCUUCAAUGCCCUGGAACCCAAUCUUAAAGAGUGUUUCUUGGACAUGGGCUCAUUUCUUGAGGACCAAAAGAUACUUGCUUCGGUGAUAAUUGACAUGUGGAUGGAGUUAUACGGUAGAAGUAGUAGUAACCUGUGCAUGAAGUACCUUGAAGACCUUGCCUCCCAGAAUCUGCUUAAACUUGUUCCACUUGGAAAUGAGCAAGAAGACGGUUUCUACAACGAGUUCUUAGUCACUCAACAUGAUAUCCUGAGGGAGCUCGCUAUCCACCAAAGCGAACCAGAAGCAAUCCUGGAAAGAAAAAGACUAAAUCUGGAGAUCAAAGAAGACAAUUUUCCAGAGUGGUGUUUGGAUCUAAACCAGCCUAUUAAAGCUCGUCUCUUGUCUAUCUCUACUGAUGAUUUGUUCUCAUCAAAUUGGGUUGAACUAGAUUGUCCAAAUGUUGAAGCUUUAAUUCUUAAUAUUAUCUCUUCAUCAAGCUAUGCAUUGCCAAGCUUCAUUGCUGGAAUGAAGAAGCUAAAGGUUUUGACAAUCACAAGUCACGGUUUUUAUCCAGCAAGAUUGAGCAAUUUCUCAGUUCUCAGCUCAUUACCAAACCUGAAACGGAUCAGAUUGGAGAACGCUUCGAUCACUCUGCUGGACAUUCACCAAUUGCAACUCAUUAGUCUCAAAAAGCUAUCUUUGGUUGGUUGUAGCUUCGGUGAGGUCUUCUACGACGUGGAAGACGACACAGAUGUCUCUACUACAGCUCUCUCGAGUUUACAGGAGAUUGAGAUAGACUAUUGCUAUGAUCUCGAUGAGUUACCUUACUGGAUCUCUGAAGCUGUUUCAUUGAAGACACUCAGCAUCACAAACUGUAAUAAGCUUUCUAAACUUCCGGAAUCUAUUGGCAACUUGGGCAAACUGGAAACACUGAGGCUGAGUUCUUGCAUCAGUCUCUCCGAGCUGCCUGAAACGACUGAGAGACUCUGUAACUUGCGGUUUUUGGAUAUAUCUCAUUGCUUAGGAUUGAGAAAGUUACCUCUAGAGAUUGGCAAGCUGCAGAAGCUGAAGAAGAUAUCGAUGAGCAAGUGUGGGAAAUGCGAAUUGCCUGAUUCGGUGAGGAAUCUAGAGAAUCUGGAGGUGAAAUGUGAUGAGGAAACUGGAUUAUUGUGGGAAAGGUUGAAGCCCAAAAUGCGAAACUUGAAAGUUAAUGAGGUGGAGACACAGCAUAAUUUGAACAUACUUCAUAUGCGUUAA